CAUCUCCUCGCCCUGCUCUCCCCCCCUCCCCAACACAGACGGUCCCAUGGCCACCAAAAUCGACAAAGAGGCGUGCAGGGAGGCGUACAACCUCGUCAGGGACGAUGCCACCAACGUGAACUGGGUGACUUUUAAAUACAACGGCUCUACCAUCGUCCCCGGAGACCAAGGGGUAGACUAUGAAACCUUUAAAAGGAAGUGCACGGAUGAUGUUAGAUUGUUUGGCUUUGUCCGAUUCACCACCGGCGAUGCCAUGAGCAAGCGAGUCAAGUUUGCCCUUAUCACUUGGAUUGGAGAGGAUGUCAGUGGCCUGCAGAGAGCCAAAACUGGGACCGAUAAGACUCUGGUCAAAGAAGUAGUACAGAACUUUGCCAAAGAAUUCGUGAUCAGUGACCACAAAGAGCUGGAUGAGAAUUACAUCAAGAGUGAGCUGAAGAAAGCAGGGGGGGCUAAUUAUGAUGCACAGAAUGAGUAAACAUACCAACCUCCUGGCACCAUCACCUGGGUCUGACAGGGGGAGGAAAGGCACAACAAACUAACAACUGAGAGAUGAGGCAACUGAACCCCCCAGCUUUCUGUGUGUGCACACAAGAACUCCCUUUUUCACAUACGGUGGACUUUCCAUUCCAUAUCACAAAACAUCACUCUUGGGAUGUUUGUUUUUCUCUUUUCCCCAUGUUUUUUUACUCAUAACUCUGUGGGUGUCCUCACAUCUGUGGAAUUUAGGUUUGUAUCUGCUUUUGGUGUUUUUCAGCAUUGUGUUUGUAGCGGCUUGCCAUUGUGUCCUUCUUCCUGUGCAUGCAUGUCUGUGUCUUUUAGUUGGGCUCAAACCUGGUUUCUGAGGGAAGAAAGUUUUGGGGGAGUUCUAAACAUCGAUUAAUUUUUCUGAAUUUGUUCAGGUUGAUAUUCUUGGGGAUAAUGCUUUUUGCUCUUCUGUGCUCGGAUCAACUUGAGCCGACUUCACUGAAACACUGAUUAAAUUGUCUAAGUUUAAAUGUCCAGCUGAGAUGUUAUCCAACGGCUUAAACAACAAAGCAAACAAAAUUCUUCAGCUCCUAAAUAGGAAAAAUUUGCCUUAAACAUUGCUUGACAGUUGCUAUGCUAUGUGCUGUAUCUCUAUCCCUCCCUCUUCAAAGUAAGAUCCAACAUGAUCCAGACGUAGGGAUUUUGUUGGUUUUCAGAGGUAUCAAGGCACAGUAAACCGAGUGGCUUAGAAAUGUCUGGGCACUUGUUCACUAUUUUGUGUACAUCGGUCUCUGGGUUUGUAUUGGACUUUCUUAAUGCUGGGGCUCAGGAGGUGAAACUGAAAUGCACAGAUUUCCUUUUUAAAUGAUGUGUGCAAAAAUAGCAGCCACUGAAUCCUAGCAGCCUUUUCUUGCCCAUGUGCCCCCUGCUCUUUUAGCAGUUAAACCCAACACCUUCAGUUAUUUGGGGCCUUGAAGAAGUGAACUUUCCUCUGGCAAUGAGUACGGGAAGGAGUGCAGCAGCUCUAUCUAUGUGGGGAUAAAACAUUCAACAGCAGAGGCCCAGAGAGAAACUGGGCGCUGUUUGUUUUGUAUCCACCUGUUUGUCUGGGGGGCUUCUUUGUAUGGCUUUUUCAUUUUUCAUCAAAUGUAAUUGUCUUCAGACUUAAUGUGUAGGGGGAAACUGUGUUGUACUGGGGCUUGGGACUCCUCGCUACAAACCCGUGACAGAAAUAAAUGUUUUUCAAAAACA